AUGUACCGGGGCUCCUUUGCACCGCCGCCUGCGCAAUCGCCGCCUCUCCAUCACCCUGUCCCGCAACAUGUGUCCACCGUGCCAAUGAUGCGAUCACCACCUCCUCCGUCAUCCCAGCAGACACCGAACGCCGGCUAUGGCGGCGGGGGCAAUCCAUAUCAGCCUUCAUCUGCACAAGGAGGUGGCAGCGCUUACGAGCCCGGAUUUGGUGGGUUCAUGAGUGACCCUACCGCACAAAUGGGAUUCCAGGUCGGCCAGACCGCGAUGAAGGCAGGCCAGGAAUAUGUCGAGCAAAACUUUAAUCGUUACAUUUCAAUCCCUGCAUUGAAACAUUACUUCAAUGUCUCCAAUUCGUAUGUCUUGAGGAAAAUCGCACUCGUCCUCUUCCCAUGGCGACACAAACCCUGGUCACGCCAACAAGCCCGAAUUUCCGGCAAUGCCACUGGCCCCAAUGGUCAAAUCAUUCAACAACAAUACUCUUCCAUGUUCCUGCCGCCGCGAGACGAUCUCAACUCCCCUGACAUGUAUAUUCCCGUGAUGGCGCUUGUCACAUACAUUCUACUCUCGGUGCUACUGGCUGGAUUCCGCGGAAAUUUCCACCCGGAGCUCCUGGGGUCAAUCACAACUACAGCUAUUGCGGUCAUUGUCUUCGAGAUUCUGUGUCUGAAGAUGGCCAUGUAUAUCCUGAGUAUCAACAACGACUCCCAGCUGCUCGAUUUAGUCGCAUACUCGGGCUACAAAUUUGUUGGCAUUAUCAUGACCCUGGUCGCGUCGGAAAUACUUACACCUGAACGUGGUACGAGCGGUUGGGUUGGCUGGACGGUGUUCGUCUACACCUUUUUGGCGAAUGCCUUUUUCCUGCUUCGUUCAUUAAAGUACGUUCUGCUACCCGACUCGACUGACUCAGCGAUGCGCAACGGUGGCAUGCAUACCGUUGCGCGGUCCCAACGAAACCGCCGGACUCAGUUUCUGUUUGUGUACUCGUACCUCAUUCAGUUCGUCUUCAUGUGGGUUCUGAGUCGUGAGGGGCCGUCUUCGGCGAAGACAAGUGUCAGCUCCUGA